CAACGAUGUCUGGCAUCGAUCCAAACGCUCGAAGGGAAGUCAACGACGCUCUCAUUAGCUCCGGGGGCGCCGCCGUCGGACAGAUGGUUGACACCGCCCACUCUUCUGUUGAGAAACGUCGCAGAAACAAAAAGGAGCGAGAGAAACGCGAGGCCGAAGAGAAGGCCGCUAAGGAGAAGGCAGACGCUGCUAAGGGCGGCGCCUCCGCCUAGACAUGGCCUACCUGCGUACAACCCUUUGAGACCGAUUUGCUGGCCUCGCGUGUGGUCCGUACCUAGCUAGAAGGCCAGAAGGCUCUCUCUACCGUCGCGUCCACAACUUUCCUUCCCACCAGUCAUUUCUAUCUUUAUUGUCUCUGAUUUUCACUUUGCAGAUCAGGGGAGGCCUGCUCCGCGCCCCCGGGGGGGGUGGGGAAGGGGGGGUGCUUUGGCGACCCUACGCUUCUUGGUCCCUUUGCCUCGACCGAGUUUGAUCUUUGCUCGCAUUUUCAGGAGGCUACUUCUAUCGAGUAUUUCUCUCGUAAAAGCGCCAGACAUAAUCACCACCUCGAUUAUACUAUAUUUAUUUGCAAAGGCCUUAUUUAGAAAUAGGUGUAUAUGUAGGUGUAGGUGGGACUCGACUAUUUGGUCAACUUUUUACCGAGACGCUACGAGGUUCGUAGCGAGAUUCUGCU